GACUGUGCAAGUAAGUGAUAACUACAAACCAAAAUGUCUAAUUCUGCUGAAAAAUAUAUUAUUAAAAAUGUCAAAUCUGGGUUGGUCCUAGAUGCUACAGAGUUUUAUGUCAAAAUUCAAAAUUAUUCCAGUUCUACUUUACAACAUUGGACACUACAGGAUUUAGAUGGAGGAAAAUUCAGGAUUAUAAAUGUCGGAAAUGGCAAAGCUAUGGAUAUAAAAGAUGGAGCCCACAUCGCUAAUAUUAUAACUUGGCCCAUCAAAAACCCACCAUCCACUAAUCAAGAAUGGUUCAUCAAUGCAGAUGGCACAGUGGAGUGCCCUGUUCAAAAUUUGGUUUUGGACAUCGAAGAAGAAGACUUGAUUCCUGGAAAUUACGUCAUUGCAUACCCGAAGACCGGAAAACAAAAUCAAAUAUUUAGCUUGGAAACUGUUAAAAAAUAAUAAGUAUUUUAAUGUGCUUUCAGAUGUGUCAAUUGCAAUGAAAUAAAAUUGCAUUUUAAUUAA